UAUGUGUGCAUGCGUGACAUACUGGUAUUUUAAACUUCUGGGAGGAGCAAUGUAGAGUACUUUGAAGUAAAAUCAAGAGUACGCUAAAGGCUGUCAGAUAUGAAAGAGGAAAUUAUAUGUGUGUUUCUAUGGAUAUCAACAAUCAUAAUACGCGUACAAGGCUGUACACUUCCUGUUGAUUGGGACGGAGAAUGGCACGAUAGCAGUGACACAACACAAGACAUAACAUUCACCCUGUCUGACAAAUACGUUGUUGGAUGGAAACACCAGAUAUACUCAGACACCAUUACGUCAUGGACAUGCGUAGCCGAUAAAGCGUCCGAUAAUUUAUUGUUGUUCAAAUCAAAUCAAACAACAGCAGUUUUUGGUGAGAAUCAUAAUGCAUAUCGGUGUAUAAAAUGGCAAAAGUUAACCGACUACUCUUACACGUAUCUUAUACAUGCAAAUAAUGAGACUAACGCUGGCGAUGCGCGUGUACUUGUUCAAUCAACAACAGACACUGUUAAUAUAAGCUACGCAUGUAACCCUUCCGAGGGUCUGCCUACAGCAGUAGAAACAGUUGUUAUGGUUAAAAAAGAUUACAUCCAAAAUGCAGCACAGAAUUGCCCACCUCAAUUUUUGGGAAGCUUUAACUAUACUUUCAAUGACGGCUCCACAACAUAUUGUGAUGGCACAAGCGUCUGGGAUGUUUGCUCAGAUAGAACUCAAAUGGUGGUCAAUUACACCCUGUGCUCAACGCAACAAUUUUACUCAACCCACGGUGUGGCGUAUUGUGCCUAUUCUACUUCCGUUGGAAGUACUUAUUACGUCACAGUAAUAAACGCCGAUACAAGUGUGGAUUUCUCAUCAACAUACCGAUUUACAUGCUAUGCCGUUACAACUUCCGGUGGGAAAGUAUUCGCAAGUGACAACAAAGGGGCGUGCGGACAAAAUCAAUCACCCACAACCAAAAUGUCUACAGGCGCGGGAAAGUUAGAAUUCGUUGCCUAUGCCUUUACCUCUCCUGCCGCCUCAGAAAGCUCUAGCAACAUCGGUAUUAUUGCCGGUGGGUCCGUGGGGGCGGUUAUAGUUACAUGUAUUGUUAUAGUAGCAGUGGUGAUCUGUGCAUAUAAAAAAUCAAAACGAGGAGUAGAAAGUCCAGCCACCAGUGUUUAUUUCUCCGUGGACCAAGCUGUGACUUCUACCUCUAGGGAUGCCACUGUUAUAGAGCCCCCACCAGAUAAACCAAACACUCUUCCUCCUUUACAAAAAUAG